CCGGCUCUUUCGAAAUAGGAUAAUUUUACCAAAAUGUCCGCGUAAUCGGGCAGUGCAUCGCGAGGAAUGGCGUGUCGACGAGAAUAUCCGAAUGAGGUGCUACAUCAGCCGGUCUAACUGCACUCGGGUGGUCUAUUUCCGUCGUGUUUACCGAUGUUUUUCUAAGGGCCCCGCGAGGCCCGAGGCUUACGGCGUUUCUACGGUUUUCGUGUUUAGACAUCCGAGAGGUCGAAAAUCUCAAUAGUGCGCGUCGGGCGUUUCCUUCUCGAGUACACAAAGGGAACGAGAAGGAGCGAAGGAGGCCGAACGGAUCCAAUCCUCGGAGUGUGAUACCGAGCUACGAGCAGGCGGACGAAAUAAUGCUGCCACUGUUAGAAGACGAGCAGUGUGAGUUUCGGCUAAAAUUACGAAGCGCCGAUGUGUACGUUACGCUCCUGCGAGCUUAAUCCUCCCGCUACCUCCCUAGUAGAGCCACGAAAAUGAGGCUCCUGCGCAUCGAGUGCCAAGAAUUGCCGGACCUGAACAGUCUCGACGACAAGACGCACAUGCUGUUGAUGGAUGCUUUCGUCCAGAACAACAGACUGGAUCAUGUCUCCAGGGUGAUGGCCUCGCAUCCCAGCUACCUGGAGCACUUUCUUCGGACCCAACACUUCAUUCUCCGCGGGGAUGGACCUUUACCUUACGACUACCGCCACCUGAUCGCCAUCAUGGCGGCGGGAAGACACCAGUGCAGUUAUUUGAUAAAUCUGCAGAAAGGAGAGUUUCUUCUUCAGGGUGGAGAUCCUUCGUGGCUUCAGGGCUUGAGGUCUAUACCGGGGAAGUUACAAGAUCUCUAUGAGAUCAAUAAGAUCCUGGCACACCGGCCGUGGCUUUUAAAUAAGACUCACAUUGAGAAACUGACCAAAGGUGCGGACAACUGGUCACUGGCCGAGGUGGUGCACGCGAUCGUCCUCCUGGCUCAUUUCCAUUCGUUGUCGUCCUUCGUCUUUUCUUGCGGUAUCAACGAGGAACUCGAUAACGUUACGGGGCACCAUUACAAGGAAAACGUCCAGGAUAACAGCAAUAAGGUCCAAGCUGCCAAAGACAAGAUCUCCAGCAGUCCCAAGAAAAUCCCGCACGCCGGCGGUAAGACUGAUAACAUCCCAUCGCCUCCGUCCUCGCCCAGUAUAGUCGGCGAGCAGGAGGUCGGCGUGGAGACCUUAAUGGAGCGCAUGAAGAGGCUCUCGGAAAAAUCCGAGUCGUACCAAAUUACCCAAGAAGAGCUUUCCAAGCGGUUCGAGACGGUGGAGUCGCAAUCGGCCGAGCUUGCGGCUGCACCUCAGAGGAGCAGUUCGGUCCUCGACUCGGACAUCGGCCUUUUCAUCGAGGAUCCCGCCUUUAUUUAUCAGGACUUCGCCAAGCGUGGUCAGCUGAACGACAUACCUACUUUUCGAGUGCAAGAUUACUCUUGGGAUGACCACGGUUACUCCCUGGUAAAUCGGCUGUACAACGACGUCGGCAACCUCCUGGAUGACAAGUUCAAGACGGCCUACAAUCUGACCUAUUAUACCAUGGGCACGCACAAUAAGGUCGAUACGUCUCGCUUCAGACGUGCCAUCUGGAAUUACAUACAAUGUAUGUUCGGUAUUCGGCACGACGAUUACGACUACAACGAGGUGAAUCAACUGCUGGAGAGGAGCCUGAAGACCUUCAUAAAGAGCGCCGUUUGCUAUCCCGAGCGGGUAACCAAAAGGGAUUAUGACCGCGUCAUGAGGGAGUUCAAGCACAGUGAAAAGGUCCACGUGAACCUGAUGAUUCUGGAGGCUCGCAUGCAGGCGGAAUUAUUGUAUGCCCUGCGCGCGGUAAUGCGGUACAUGACCUAAGCUUCGUCGAGCAAACCUCGUCUGUAUGUCAUUUGUCGAAUCUUUCCUCGCAAAUUCGUCUUCUCGUUCUCGUGUCUACGGCUUGGUUCACCGUGGGCCUGGCAUCGCGUCAUCCGAGAAAAUCUAAGAUGGAGUGAAAUUUCGUACGGAGACGUCGAGAACGGCGACGGAGAGUAGCCGUAUCUCGAGGGAAGAACGAAGAGUUAGGCUACGGAAGACGAAGGUUUGAGGACAAGGCAUAAAAAGCGGAGUUCUUUUGAAAGUCUGAAGGUCGCGAUGAGAAUUGGAAAAAAUUCUAUCCGGCUGGGCGAGCUACUCGUCCUCCUUGAGGUCUGCGAAAAUGAAUUUUAGAGGUCGCGAACGCGAUGCGAAGCUCCGAUGAGGAUCUCCUUUGGAAACGGCAAUGCGUAGAGAACGUUUAUUCCUUUCUUCGGUGUUAGACAUGCUUAGAGGGACGUAAAGAGACCUACUAUAGGGAGCUGCAGAGGGGUGAAACAUGGCGAAAAAUUUAGUGAGAGAAAGAGAGAGAGAGAGGGGGGGGGGCAGAGAGAGGAUUAUCGGAGGGAAGUUUCGAUUACUUUGUAAAUAUUGUAUUUUUUUACGUUGAGCGACAUACAGCGGCUGUGUCUCGCUUACGCGCAUCAAAGCGCCAAUUUAACGGGGAUAUGGCGGUCCUUUGUGAUUUUGCAAAAUGCCGGGCUUACGGAUCCGCUUUUCCCACUUCUCUGUUAGGGGGAUACCUCGUUGCAAUUUGGAAAAAGUCAUUUAAUAUAAGAAUUGUCCCGCGACUCUGGCAUUACAGUAUUUAAGAAGCACCUAAAAGUUGGCAGGGUAUCGGUCGGCUCGUUUUAAUUUGAGAAAUUAUCCGAUAGCGGGUACAGAGGUAUUCCCUUGAAUGUCAAAAUUUUCAUUGCUCGAUGAUAUCCUUGUUGCAUCCUGGUCACCGUAGACCGAAGCGCUGUAAAGGGAACCUCUCGACUACGUGUGUACAUAUACAGAAUACAUACAUUAUUCAUAUCUCGAGUCAUACCUAGGUCUUUGUCACGUGUGAUCUUUUAACCAUUUAAACGAGAAAACAAUCGACGUUGCUACGCCGACGAGACCGACGUCUCCCGAAUGCGGCGUUUCCGUACUAGUUUACGCAGGGCUGUAUCGAAUUUUACAUAGCGCUACAAGAUCUAAUGUAAAUGCGACGAGUUUAUGUUGAGCCACGAUCGGCUGAAAGUCAUGCUGGAUCGAAAUUCACUUCAAUGUUUUUUUAUCGGGCCCCUUAACGAUUCCUGGGGAAUGUGUUCGCCAAAAAAAAAAAAGUAUUCCGUGAAAGGGCCAUUUUUAUUCUACACGGCUUAUUAUGAAUUAAAGCAGGCGCUUAUCGUGAUGUUUAAAUUCUGGCUGGGAGACUUUUUUCUUGUGAUAUUGCUUGAACGGCUGGUCGGGGUGCGCGAAGCUUUCAAGGUAGAUCUAUAUUAUAUUUUAAAUUAAAUUGCACUCGGAGAUCGAUUUUCGCCCACGCGGGUGUACCACUGAAUUUUUAACGCGAAUCGCUUUUUAAACGAUACACUUUUUGGCGAGCAUUUUUUUGCUUGGGGUCCUGGCCGGGCCCGUAGUUGUAAAUACGCCGAAGACUCGUUAAUUUCAAAUAUUACCGUAUACCGAGUAUAAGGCAGAAAGAAAGCUAAUAUAAUGUUCGUCUACGUAUAACUACAGGAUGGAAGACAAACAUUUUAGAUUCUAGGGCGACCCUCGUGUACGAGUUUCCGUACACGGGGAGGCAUUGUCUGUCGGCUAUGCUAAUGCGAUAGCGAAGAGACGUCUAUCUCUCCGCAAAAUCGUAGAUAAUGUUUAAUGUGACGUGUGUACGAGGGUGAAAGUUAGAGUCGAAGAAUCGAGCUGGGUGAAAGUAAUGGACGGGUGCAGAGAAAGAGGCAAAGCGUAGGCAUCGAGGGUCGUUUGCCCGAGAAUUUUCUACCGCGUUACUUUGAAAAUGACGAAAACAAGAAAAAAAAAAAAUAUAAAAACAAUUUAAUACCAUUCUCCUUUCCGUAUCGAAUGGCUCGAGGAUGGUCGGCAAUUUUUUUGUCGUAUCGUGCUACGUCUAAAAAUAGCCAUUGUCACGAACGACCGGUGUAUGUAGACUGCGUGGUAAAAAAUUGUCGGGUGAGAUAGUAGGACCGAUAUUUGCGGACCACCGACGAAUCAAAGUCGUGCGUUUAGAUAUCAGUCGAUCAACGAAUUUCAUGCCUUCGGUAGGAUAACUUCAUCAGGAGACAGAAACGAUAAACGAGAAACAUCUUUCCAGAGUUGAUCAAGACAAGGACGGCGAUAGCGAGAAUUAACUGUGAAUUAACGUUAAGCUUCCGUUGACAGAUAUACCGUACUAAGAGAGAAGAAAGCGAGAGUAACAUGUAGAGGCGAUGUCAAAAUCAUCUUACAGCAAGGAUGUUUAAUGGGGCGGUCACUACUCCUGCUUUUUCAUUGGGACUCGAGCUCGUAUUCCUUUAACCCUCGCUCUUAACGAUGACUUUUCCCGCAUGGUCUCGAUCGGUCUUUCGAUCUUCAACCAGUAUUCUUUUAUUCUCUUUGCUCAUCCGUCUUACUCCUCGAGCGGGAUUGGGUUAGACAUCCUUGGGUGUAAAAUGAUUUCGGACGAGAAUAGCUAGGAGACUCGUUCAGACCAACGCGCGACCGAUCCGUAGGUCGUCGCCUACGACGCGCGGACGUAAAAUAAUAGAGAAAAAAAAAAA